CGGGUAAAAAUGCUGUUGUGUUUGGCACUUCAGGGCCGCCAUACAUCUAUUUGGUAUGCCAGUUCAGUGGUCUACAGUACUGCACUCUACCGUUUCAAACGCCUCUGCUCUGUUCUAUAUUGUGUUCUAAACAACACUGUUCUGUAUCGUAUUCCAUUUUUUAACGGUUAUAUUCUGAAAAGGGGCGGGGUCUCAUCGUCAUAGCCCCGCCCCCUCCAGACAACGUUUUCGUCCCCUAGCAACCAGCCUGUCAGCCCGCUCCGUGCCUCUCCAGGCCGUCCGCCCGUCCGGAGCCGCCGCGACCCGGACAGAAAGUUGCCUAAAUACCGAUGCAAACCCUCCAGAAACCUCCAUGGAAUCACACUGAGAGUGAGCCGGGGCUGCAGAAGCCGAGGGCGCCGCCAUGAACGACCGGUACCACCGGGCGGCCAGGGACGGCUACCUGGACGUGCUGAAGGAGGCCACACGGAAGGAGCUGAACGGCCCGGAUGAGGAUGGGAUGACACCGACCUUAUGGGCCGCGUACCACGGCAACCUGGAGGCGCUUCGGCUCAUAGUGUCGAGAGGGGGCGACCCGGACAGGUGUGACAUCUGGGGCAACACACCGCUUCACCUGGCAGCUGCCAACGGCCACCACAACUGCCUGUCCUUCCUGGUGGCUUUCGGUGCCAACGUGUGGUGUCUGGACAACGACUACCACACACCGCUGGACAUGGCCGCCACCAAGGAACACAUGGACUGUGUUCGCUACCUGGACUCCAUCGCUGCCAAGCAGAUCACCCUCAACCCAAAGCUGGUCAACAAACUCAAGGACCGGGCGUUUCGAGCCGCCGAGCGCCGCAUCAAAGACUGCGCGAAGCUCCAGAGGAAGCACCGUGAACAUAUGGAGAGGAAGUUCAUGAAGGAGUCAGCGGCUUUAGACAACUUGGAUGCUAUCAGCUUUUCGAGCUACGCCAGCGGCAGCACACUGAGCAAGUUCAACACUGUCACCUCCAACAUGCCAUACUCGCAGGCCACCCUGCUCUCUACAGCCAAGGGCAAGGCCAAGAUACAGAAGAAGCUGGAGAAGAAGAAGCAGGUUGAUGGCUCGUUCAAGAUCUACGAGGACGGGAGGAAAAGUGUGCGCUCGCUGUCCGGCCUGCAGCUCGGCAACGACGUCAUGUUUCUCAAACAGGGUACAUACGCCAACACCAAGGAGCGCUCUCGCCUCAACAUCCGCGACAUGUUCCACCCUGACAAUGACAACGACGACGAUGGCGUCUCCCGUGCCAUGAGUGACCCGGGCCUCCACGAGGCUGCGUAUUCGGAGAUCAGUGCCGACUCCGGACGCGAUUCCCUGUUCAACCGCCCAGGGCUCGGCACCAUGGUGUUCAGGAGGAACUAUUUGAGUGCAGGCAUGUUUAGUACCGCCGCACGGGAGGAAGGCAGUGUAGUAGGGAGUGAACCUGUGGGCCGGGCACCCAAUGUUCGUCUACAAGGACGUCUGCCCCGCCGCUCGCCCAGCUUCGAUGAGGACAGCAUCGGCAGCGCCUUGAGCCUGCAAGAAAGAAACCUUCAGGAGUUGCCCUGGGAGGAGACUGACGUUGGGUUGGAUGAGGACUUUGAGCCAGAGAGCAGUCCACUGGAGACCUUCCUGGCCUCUCAAAGCCUCAUUGAGUUCAUGGCGAUUUUCAGGCGGGAGAAGAUCGACCUGGAGGCUCUGCUGCUUUGUUCAGAUCAGGACCUCGCCAGCAUUCAUAUCCCUUUGGGCCCCAGGAAGAAACUUCUGGAUGCCUGCAAGAAACGUCUGGACACCAUAGAUGAACCAGAGGCCAUUGAAGACACUGAGCUCUGAAGGCAUUAGGGCCCAAUCAAAAACUAGAAAAGUGAUCAGGCGAUUCGCUGCAGGGUUGUGAGGUGGUGGGAGUGUCACUAAAUGGCCCAUUUGUGUGACGUCCUGUUGAUAUGACAGUUUCCUAUUUACACAUCCAGCUGUCAUUUAUCUGUCCACCUGACGAAAGAUAAACCCACUUGAUGCUCGCUAUCCUGACUGAAAUUUGGAAAAGAAGUUAUCAAUGCUUUAUGGAAAAGCUUUGCCACAACUGUACACAUGGAUACAUGUUUUUUUUUUUUUUUUUUUUUUAAAGGAUUCCUUUCCAAUAAAUGUAGCCUGACAUGUUAUUUUUGCAUACUGUAUUAAUUCAUGUAUCAGUGAAUGUACUUAACCCUUUGAAUAUAGUGUUUAUUAUGUCUUCGUUGUACAGUUUUCUUACUUUAAACAUGUUAUUUUACUCAACGGCACAUACACAGUGGCAACUUAUGACUAUUAUUUUAUGGAUGCAAAUAGCCACAGACUGACUGUUGCUCGGCAAACACUGCUGCAAAAGUGAAACUAAAGGGUGCUACUGUGAGGUUAAGUGAGUUAGUGCUAGAUAACACUGUUAUCUCAGGUUGCUCCGGGGCAUAUAUGGUUUCACUCAAGGUCCGUCUGUCUGCGAACUCUGUCAGAGUAUGACAGUGCAUGAAUGUUCAUUUUAUGUUAGUUUUUUUUUUUUAUCAAUAGAUGUACCCACAACCAUAAUUAUCUUUUAUUAAAAUAAAGUGAAAGCUAUUA